AUGCUCCUCACGUUGCUAACUGUUUUGUUUACAAUAAUAAUAACAUUGACAGUGUUGUAUGUCGUACUUUUAAUAGCAGUGGCGAUUUAUGUCAAGUUAAAGUUCGAACCCGUCAAAGGCAUCUGCAACUCAAACGUGAGACUUGAUGGAAAAACUGUGUUAGUGACUGGUGGAAAUAAAGGCAUCGGUCUCGAAACUGCUCGAGACCUCGCUUCCAGAGGUGCAAAAAUCAUAAUCGCUUCUCGUGAUGGACAAAAAUCAGCAGAAGCGAUGGCCGAUAUUAUUAAAACGACGGGCAACACCAACAUCGAAUACAAAUACCUGGACUUAUCUAGAUUUAGCAGUGUUAGAAAGUUUGCUGAAGAGUUCAAUCAGACCCACGAUCGGUUAGACAUUAUGAUAAACAAUGCAGGCUUUAUAACCCUGGCACCCACAGUUACUGAAGACGGCAACGAUAUGAUAAUACAAGUGAACUAUCUUGGACCAUUUCUUCUCACAAAUUUACUCCUUAAUAGGAUUAAAGCUUCUCCAAGUGGUCGGAUAGUCAUCGUAACCUCAAUUUUACAUGCAUAUGGCCGAGUGACACCUAGUGAGCUGACCGGGUUAAACACAAACUGCUUCACUAAAUACUCUAAUAGUAAAUUGUGUACUAUUCUGUGGACAAAGGCUUUAGCGAUGAGAUUACCCAGAAAUGUAACCGUUAAUUGUCUUCACCCUGGUUUUGUGAGAACUGAUAUCUUCAAAGGCCUCGACCGUUUUACACAAAAAUGUUUGGAUAUUUUGAUCGAUAUCUUCAACUUCAAGACUCCAGAAGAAGGUGCUCAGACUACUAUUUAUUUAGCUGCCUCUGAAGAAGUCAAUAAUAUAAGUGGGAAGUAUUUUAUGGAAUGUCAGGAAGCUGAGCACUCAAAGAGUGGACACAACGAGGAAUUAGUGGAAAUGAUUUGGAAUAAAAGUGUUAUGUUGACAAGUUGA